ACUAUGAUUUGUCAGGAUUCUAGACUAUUAAGAUAAUAAACUAGCAGUAUUGUGUGCUCCGUUUGUGUCUACAACUUGACCUCAUGGACAUCGGGAGCGCCAGCUCAGUGGUGCUGCAGGCUUUGACCCAGGCCACCAGUCAGGACACAGCUGUGCUGAAGCUUGCAAAGGAGCAGCUUCGCCAAUGGGAGACCCAGCCUGGCUUCUCCUCAGUGCUGCUGAGCAUCUUUAAUAAUCACUUGCUGGACGUCAGUGUGAGAGGGCUAGCUGUCUUCAAGAAUGGCAUCGAUCGCUACUGAAGAAGAGUUGCACCCCAUACUCUCUCAGUAGAAGAGAAAUCAUCUCUCCGUGCUGGUCUCAUCACUAAUUUUAACGAGCUGGUCAACCAGAUCGGGAUACAGAUAGCAGUGCUGAUCGCUAAAGUGCCACGUCUGGACUGUCCUCUGCAACUGAUCCCUAUUCUGCUGGAUACUGUGAAGUUCACCUUCUACCACAUCUCCAAGACUCUGGUCUCCAAACGCCUCGUUCUGGAUGUGAGAUCAUUUAAAAGCCUUUGCGCUGGCGUCAAGCAUCUAUAAUUCGCUUGCUCUCUGUGAAAUCAUCACACGGACAUAUUCCUACAGUAGAUCUACGCAGGAGACCAACAGGCUGCUCUUAGCUCCCUGGAGCGUACUCUGAUCUCUUUGAAAGUGUCCCCAUCACUAUACUGGGGCACUACCUACACAGAACACCUCUUCCAGCAGCACCUGGUUUUCUUGCGUCCAGGUACUAACCAGGCUCAACUCUGCUUGGCUUCAGUGGGGGACCAGUACAAGUUGAUCAGAUCAAGUUGGGUGAUCUGGCUGAUUGGACAGUGGAUCUCGGUAAAGUUCAAGCCGGAACUAUGGCCCCUGCUCUAUGAGGUCAUCCUCAGUCUCAUGCAGGACCCCGACCUUGGGGUUUGCAUUGAAAGAGCCACAACUCUAAACCUUACCCAUGACUUUGAGUUCAGAACUGAGCAGUUCUUGCUGUAUUUGGCGUUGAUAUUCAGCCAGUUGCUCCAGCUGUUACAACAGGUCAAUGAAUGUGACACCAAAAUGCAAGUUCUCCACAUUAUUUCCUGUGCCAUCGAGAGAGUCAGCAUCCAGAGUCAGAUGUACGUGGGCUGCUUGGUUCAGUACAUUCCUCUUCAUUGGAAGCAGUUUGAAGAACACAACAUGCUCUGCUGUGCCAUCCUCACUACCCUCAUCCAUCUCUUGCAAAGACUAAAGUCUGGGAGCAGAAAGCAAUAUUCCUUCCUCCUACCUGUUAUCCAGCUCAGCACAGAGGUUUCUCAGCCCCCUCAUCUUUACCUGCUGGAAGACGGUCUGGAGCUGUGGUAAGUCUCCAAGAAUAACAGCCCUGCCAUCACACCUGCGCUUUUGAGGAUCUUCCAGAAUAUGUCCUCCCUGCUUGGUCUGAGCUUGGAGAACGUGCGGACAUGCUUUCAGACCAUCAAUGCCUACAUUUAUCUCUCUGCUACAGAUUUCUUACAGAUUAGCUAUGCUGAAGCCCUUUGCAGAUCUGGAGAGAAGGCCAAGUCCAGGAUCACCACACAAGGCCAAGUCCAGGAUCUGAAGCUUGUUGAAAUUGCCAUAAAAGUAAGUCCUGUAUUGGGCUCCCAUAUGUUUUAGCCUCUUCUGCCAGCUGUGUUACGGGAGACAGUCAAAAGCGAAAGGUAUACUGUGUUUAUGUCUACAUACCUGGGUAUAAUAGGUCAGAUUAUCUUGCAGAAUUCAGACUUUUUCACAUCACUUGGCUGUGGAAUUCAACCUCCUGCAGACCAGCUCUUGGGGAGCGUGGAUGAGAUGUGGGUGGACCGCAUGGACAACAUCACCCAGUCUGAGAGGAGAAAGCUCUCUGCCCUGGCGCUCAUGUCGCUUUUACCGUCUGACAACAGCGUGAUCCAGGACAAGUUCUGUGGGAUCAUUAACAUCAGCGUGGAAGCGCUGCACGAUGUCAUGACGGAAGACCCUGAGAUGGCUACCUUCAAGGACUGCAUGCUGAUGAGCCACUCCGAAGAGCCAAAGCUGACAGAUGAUGAGGAACCCCCAACAGAACAGGACAAGAGGAGAAAACUGGUGGGAGGUCGAAUCGAAGGUCAUAACAGCCUUAGAAGGGGCAACACCUCCACCCGACUGCCCACUGAAUCGGUUAUUUGUGCCAGAGGGGUAUCGGUCGACGUCAUUCAGCGGGGCUAUUGUUCCAGCAUAGCAUGUCAUCCAGGGGUUAAUCACACCACCUUUUUGGUUAAGCAACAAUUCUGGUGGCCAUUAAUGACUCGCGACAUCCGCAGUUUUGUCUUGAGUUGCUCAGUUUGUGCCACUGGUAAAACUUCCAAUUGACCUCCUGAUGGGUUACUUCAUUUUGACCAUCGUGGACCGGUUCUCUAUUUUAUUCCCUUGUCUUAAUUACCCUCCGCCAAGGAGACAGU